AUGGGGUUAAUGAAAAAGAAGAUGGAAGCAGCGCUAGAAGCAACUACCAGCUUUCUCGAGACCAUGGGGCUAACAAUCUCUGCGGAAAAAUCCUGCUGUAUGACCUUCAAUAGAGGCCGGCGAAGAGCAGUCACUGUUGAGAUAGACGACACCACCAUCCCGUCAGUCAGGAAGCAUAGGUUCCUGGGAGUGACAAUGGGCGACAAACUGAGUUGGACUCCACAGGCUAAUGUCAUAAAGGAGUCAACUGCAACUCCACAGGGAACCUUGAAACGUCUUCAGGGCACUGACUGGGGCUGCUCGCCGAAGGCACUCCUCGCCCUUGACAGAGCCUUGGUGGUAUCGCGGAUGCUCUAUUCGCUACGAUACGCCUUCCCACCGCCGUCAAAGCAGUUACAACUGGAGGCGGCCCACAGAACGGGACUGAGAACAGCUCUUGGACUACCACAACGAGCUCCAAGCGGACUUGCAUGCGGAGAGGCGGGUUCUAUGCCCCUUCGGUUAACGGCCACGGAACGGCUCCUGAGGCAGUUCGAUAGGCUGCGGAAAACCGAAACUGAAAGAGAAAUCGUCAGCCGGAUCCACUCCCAGAAAAAAUCCCGUAUCAAGAUAAUGGACACAGGGACUUACUAG